AUGGCUCCCGACCUUAGCUCCCACGUCCAUGCAGCCACGGACGCCGCCCCCAAGCCACCCUCCAAGCCAAAACAGGACGAGAUCGAUCCUGCCAUCGACGACGUGGAGGCGGCGGGGGGCGCCGAAGGCGACGGAGACGGCGUGAACUACGCGGCGCGCGCGCAGUGGCUCCGCGCCGCCGUCCUGGGCGCCAACGACGGCCUCGUCACCGUGGCCUCCCUCAUGAUCGGCGUGGGCGCCGUCAACCAGGCCAGGGGCGCGAUGCUGGUGGCGGGGCUAGCGGGGCUGGUCUCCGGCGCGUGCAGCAUGGCCAUUGGCGAGUUCGUCUCCGUGUACGCGCAGUACGACAUCGAGGUGGCCCAGAUCGAGCGCGAACGCGAUGGCGGCGACGGUGACGACGGCAAGAAGGAUAAUCUUCCGAGCCCGACGAUGGCGGCGGGCGCGUCGGCGCUGGCGUUCGCGGCUGGCGCCGCGCUGCCGCUGCUGGCCGGCGGGUUCGUGCGGACGUGGGCGGGGAGGGUCGCGGCCGUGUGCGUGGCGAGCAGCGCCGGGCUCGCCGGCUUCGGCGUUCUGGGCGCGUACCUGGGCGGCGCGAGCGUGGUGCGGUCCGGGGCUCGGGUGCUCGUGGGAGGCUGGCUCGCCAUGGCGACCACCUACGGGGUGCUUAGGCUCUUCGGCAUGCAGAGCGCUUAA